AUGGAGUAUGAAGCACACCGGCGACAUCACACUACACUACAAUGGACGACACCACACUACAACGGGCGACACCAUACUACAAUAGGCUACACCACACUACAGCGGGCGACACCAUACUACAAUAAACGACACCAUACUACAAUGGACGACACCACACUACACUACAAUGGACGACACCACACUACAGCGGGCGACACCAUAAUACAAUGGGCGACACCACACUACACUGGGCGACGCCACACUGCGUACUUCCGUCCACUUUUUUGCCUGAUCAUCCGUGCGUUGACUUACAUGCGUUCGUGCAGUUGA